GUGGACCUGAAUGUGUGUGGAUUUUUUUUUUUUUCGAGCGCGACUGUUUAAGUGUAGUUAAGUAUACACAAAUAUGUUGCAUGAGUGUUUUGUGCUUUGAAAGUGUUACUCUGCCACUAUGCGUGUUGUUUUCUGUGUUUGCGUGUGCGCGCCAGUGUAUUUGCACGCGAGUAUGUUUGAGGAAGCGUGUGCGAACGUGUGCGUCGCGUGGUUUGUGAAUGGGUUUGAGUUUAGUGUGUUGGCCUGUGUGAGUGAGAGUGCGCUGUGUGCGCGCGCGUGUCCCAGUGAUGGGAGAGGAGGAGUCCAGUUUCCCCUCACCGGGCGCGCCCCUCUCAAGCUUCCGAGGAUGUUCGACUUGGAGGAGGCACCUGCACCAUGAAGAGACGCUUGCCGGGAGGAGGCGGGGCCGCCAAAAAGUCCAACAACAACGAGCUCUUGCUCCUUCACGACGAGCCCUCGGAACCUCACGACAUCGUCGGCGCAGCUUCUGCUCGACUCUUCCAGAGGGAUGCGCGGGACUCGGUGGCACCGGAGUCUACCGCGCUAGGACGCCAAGCCGGCGGUAUGAUAUGCAACAAGAACGGAGACUGUCGAAGGGAGCCCACCAGCUCGGGGAGCCUGUCCUCACUCAUAUCCCGACAAGAGAAGCACUCCGAUGGGGGAGUAGAAGCGGCCGAGGGCGGGAAGGCUGCGAGCAUGGAUGGCCCCGCGGGGGCAGAGGGACCCGGGGCCGAGGUCAAGAGCCCCGCUGGUUCGGAGAAGAAAGACUCCCGGGUGUCUUUCUCCCACGCGCCCGGCGGUAGAGGGCACACCUCGGCUCAGCUGUCCAGGAAGUCGUCCGCGAAGGCGGUGUCGGCGGAGGACGGCUCCUUGAUCAUGGCCGACGCUGGCGAGUCCAACCGGAGCCAGACGUACAUGCAGCGGCAGUUCAGCUCCAUGUUGCAGCCAGGGGUCAACAAAUUCUCCCUGCGGAUGUUCGGCAGUCAGAAAGCGGUCGAGAAAGAGCAGGAGAGGGUCAAGUCGGCGGGCAACUGGAUCAUACAUCCGUACAGCGACUUCAGGUUCUACUGGGACUUCACCAUGCUGCUGUUCAUGGUGGGCAACCUCAUCAUCAUCCCCGUGGGCAUCACCUUCUUCAAGGAUGAGACCACCACGCCGUGGAUCAUCUUCAACGUGGUGUCCGACACCUUCUUCCUCAUGGACCUGGUGCUCAACUUCCGCACCGGCAUCGUGUUCGAGGACAACACCGAGAUCAUCCUGGACCCCAACAAGAUCAAAAAGAAGUACCUGCAGAGCUGGUUCGUGGUGGACUUUGUCUCCUCCAUCCCGGUGGAUUACAUUUUCCUCAUUGUGGAGAAGGGCAUCGACUCUGAAGUGUACAAGACGGCGCGGGCGCUCCGUAUCGUGCGCUUCACCAAAAUCCUCAGCCUCCUGCGCCUGCUCCGGCUCUCUAGACUCAUCCGUUACAUCCACCAGUGGGAGGAGAUCUUCCACAUGACGUAUGACCUGGCCAGUGCCGUGAUGCGGAUAUUCAACCUGAUCGGCAUGAUGCUGCUGCUGUGUCACUGGGAUGGCUGCCUGCAGUUCCUGGUGCCCAUGCUGCAGGACUUUCCCUCCGAUUGCUGGGUUUCCCUCAACAAGAUGGUGAACGACACGUGGAGCGAGCUCUACUCCUUCGCCCUCUUCAAGGCCAUGAGUCACAUGUUGUGCAUCGGCUACGGACGCCAAGCCCCCGAGAGCAUGUCGGACAUUUGGCUCACCAUGCUCAGUAUGAUCGUAGGGGCCACUUGCUAUGCCAUGUUCAUCGGCCACGCCACUGCACUCAUCCAGUCUCUCGACUCGUCCAGGCGCCAGUACCAGGAGAAGUAUAAACAAGUGGAGCAGUACAUGUCGUUCCACAAGCUGCCGGCAGACUUCCGGCAGAAGAUCCACGACUACUACGAGCACAGAUACCAGGGCAAGAUGUUUGAUGAGGAGAGCAUUCUGGAGGAGCUUAAUGAGCCUCUCAGAGAGGAAAUCGUCAACUUCAACUGCCGUAAGCUCGUGGCCUCCAUGCCUCUGUUCGCCAACGCCGACCCCAACUUCGUGACGGCCAUGCUGACCAAGCUGCGCUUCGAGGUCUUCCAGCCGGCCGACUACGUAGUGCGCGAGGGCACGAUCGGGAAAAAGAUGUACUUCAUCCAGCACGGCGUGGUCACCGUCCUCACCAAAGGCAGCGUGGGCAUGAAGCUUGUCGACGGAUCCUACUUUGGAGAGAUCUGUCUGCUGACCCGCGGUCGACGGACAGCCAGCGUGCGGUCGGACACGUACUGCCGCCUGUACUCGCUCUCUGUGGACAACUUCAACGAGGUCUUGGAGGAGUAUCCCAUGAUGAGGCGCGCCUUUGAGACGGUCGCCAUCGACAGGCUGGACAGGAUAGGCAAGAAGAAUUCCAUCCUGAUGCACAAAGUUCAGCACGACCUCAACUCCGGCGUGUUCAACAACCGCGAGAACGAGAUGAUCCAGGAGAUCGUCAAAUACGAUCGCGAGAUGGUUCAACAGGUGGACGUGCCGCGACCGCAGCCCUCGUCCGUAACGCCGCCCCUGCGCUCCGGGGUUUUUACUCCGCCGGGUUCCUCUCAACAGCCGCAAAGUUCCGCUGUCGCCACCUUGCAGCAGGCAGUAGCCAUGAGCCUUUGCCCACCCGUGCAAGGGAACUCGGUGGGGGGUGGGACAUUGCAGUCUCCCAGGAUGAUGAGGAGAUUCCAGGUGUUGCAGAAUGUAUCCACCCCUGGCUCACCGUUGCAGUCACAGCUCCUUGCUUCCGGUGCCUUUGCCUCAGUCAUGUCCAGCCCCACUGUCCAGAGCCCCCCUUACGGAUCCAGCAUGCUGGCUGGUCCCGCGACCGGCUCCCAACUGUCUUUGGUCCAGCAGCGACACAGCACGCAUAAGAGCACGCAUUCCUUGCCAAUGGGGAGUCUCAACCAAGACACCAGGGCUCUGUCGGCCUCUCAACCCUUGUUGCCGCACGAGGGGAUGCACCCGGGUGCCCCGAGUCCACCCCCUUCCACGCGGGUCUCCUCCACUUCCAUCGGACCAGUUCAGACCCCGUCGGGUAACGCAAGUGUCUGCAGUGCGAUACCGCAUAGGAUUGUGCUACCCCACCAGCUUUCAGUGGGAGCCUUCGGGACGGGAGGAGGUUUCGCCGUGGGAACACCCGUCGGGGACUUGGUACGGCCCAAAAAGGACUCCAUCGCGAGCCUUCCAGAGACGGAGCACAUCAAAGUACGAUCCCGGUUAUCCUCGAAUUUGUGAUCAUACCGAAAGCCUUUUUGGACUUCACGAGGGGCUUGACAUGAGGAAUAUGAGGAAACGGAGGUGCGCCAGCGGGACUGCAUGAAUGUAUGCAAUGAUUGACUGGCGGAAGUCGACUCUGAGACAGUAUUUAACUUUAGACACUUUUGCAUUGAGUUGUUUCUACUCACAGAUAUAAAACUAAAUGCACAGAAUGAUAGCGUAGCAUAAGCGCACCCACCCACAUUUGCCUCCUUUGCGUAAGGUAAGUUCACAAUGCACUGUAUGCCUCAAUAUCCUUGUAUCCACUUUGUUUGACUGAGGACUGGAAUAAGAACAGGAACUUGCGUCUGAGUUUCUGAUUCACAACGCUAGCUUUAAACACCGUGCUAUAAUAGAGACGUGUGUCAUUAGCAUCCAUUACAGAGCUCAGUCUUCUAGGCUCAAAUGUACGAUGGUAGACUGACUAAUUCUUCUGUGCCGCAUCGAAGUGUCGUAUCUGAAGUUCGAUCGUAUUGUAAAGUUUUGGCACACAACAAAGCAAAAAGUUGACUGAACAAUCGCUCCUAACUCAGAAAUUGGUGCACUCAUCAAGGCACUUUAGCAAUCAACAAAAGCCAGAGCAGUUCUUAAUCCAAUCUGACUUUGGGCAAGAAGUAGAGUACAGCCAGGACUGGUUGCCAGCCAAUUACAGGGCAUCGUUCUUACCCCCCAAAAACAAAAUACCAAAACUUAAUCUAAUCCACCCCUGCGUCGAUUUAGGCUGUGACUCACGCCAGACUUGUACUGGGCAAGAAAACAGAGCCUCAAUUAUUUUGUCUCUAAAAUUCAGUGGAUCCUCUGAGAUCAACCAUGUGGAAUUCAACCGCAUGCUUUUUUUUUGGACCCUUAAUCCCCCCAAAAAUGCAUUUUGCAGUUCAUUUCAUCCAUUCUGAUGAGCUGUCAACAUAUAAAACUAUCAUUAAAGCAUAUUAUUAAAAAUCAGUCAAUUGCCUAAAGUGGACCCGCCGUCAUAGCUUGUGCAAUGUAAACACAGUUUGGAUCAACGGCCAAGUGCUUCGGGCUUUGAGUGGCGGCUCACCCGUGCCCUCAAAGCCCCAAUAAGGGUUCAUCGGAUGCCACCGAUUUGUGUCCAAGCUCUCGCUGUCUCUCAAUGGAAUGGGACAUUCCAUUCAGCUCAUCUCCUUAAUGCCGGCUGCGCCAUUACCGCCUAAUGACAGUAGAAAAUGGAAUCCCUCGGGUCUGAUAGGGACUCUUAUUAAUUCCCCUUACACUGGAAUUCAUUAUUCUGCGCCAAUAAUGAUUUCUUUCCCCCCAAUGAUGAUGAUGACACUUUUCAUUUUGUUCACUUUGCGUACUGUAUCUGGAGACUUUCAAAGCGUUUUAUUUGAAGCAGCAUUUUUUUUUUCAGGUCAGUUGUGUUUUUGUUUAUGCCUGAACAAUGCUUUGGUGGAACCUAUUUUUGGGUGCUUAAAAUUACACUGGAAAGCUUUUUUAUUUUACUAAAUGAUUUAAUCAGAUGCAAGCAGGCUUUGGUAGAUGAUUUUUUUUUCUUUUUUUUUUGCGCUGAUUCCAAAUAUGCGGCAUGGCUCAGUGGUGGAGUGGUCGUCUCCCCAACCCAGAGGUUGGAGGUUUGAUACCUGGCCAUUGCGACCUUGUCGAAGUGUCCUUGAGCAAGCUACUGAUCCGAAGCAUUUUACGUAACACUAAAGAAGACUCGAAAUUGUCCAUAGGUGUGAAUGGCAGUGCCAACGCUUAUUUUUUACGUGCCCUAUGAUUGACUGGUGACCAGUCCAGAGUGUAUCCCACUUCUAGCACAGCCAGGAGCUCAGCUGCACCCGAAAUGAGGACAAGCGCCACAAAAAAAAGUUAAAAAUGGACAGAUGGACGAUACAGUACUGAGAAUGUGGUGCAAUAAGAAACCGGGUUGGAUUGUAAAAGGAAUACAAAUUGUGAAAUCCAAAUAUCUCCGACAAUAAAUCAAAAUCAAUAUUCACAAUCGGGCUGCUGAGAACUAUAGGCUAACUCCAUAUUUUUGUCUUUUUUGUUUUUUGCUUUUUUUUACGUGGAGUGCAGAAAUGAACAGCAGAUGAAUAUUCGUCGAUUCAACACUUUUUUUUUCCCUAAUUCCUUAGUGCAACGCUAGGUUGCUCGUGAAUAUCUAGCUAGCAUUUCUCUUUACUUUUCCACCGCAGCAAUAUAACAAGUACAUUUUCGAACUGUUGGACCAAGGGCAGCCAUGAUGCAAAGUGUUUUUUUCCAUACAGGGAGAUUUCUUAUUGCAGUGAACUGGAAGUAGAUGUGAUUUACUUCGAGCUUCUUUGAUUAGCGUAUCCACUCUGCAAGUCCAAAACAAACUGUGCAUACCUACAUAGUGCCUAGCAUUAUACUGUUGUCUCCACAUAAUAUAUUCUUUGUGUGUGUGUGGCUGUCCAAUAUUUGUCCCUUAUACUCCACAUUUCAAUGCAAUAGAAUAAGAAUAAAACACAGUAUAGUUGAGUACAGUCAGUGUGAUUUCUAAUGCUUCCUGUUCCAGGAACUCGAUUUUUUGCAUGUCGGAAAAGCACCGCCCCCAAAA